AGCCAGCCCACUGAUUAUGGUAGCUUCGUGACCAAAAUCGUCACUCGUAUGGUGCGCGAAUCCGGUGCCGUCGACCAAGACCUCCUUCGCCGUGCCAUAGGGUUGUCAUCAUCGUAUAUGGUAACGGACGCAAGCACAAACACCCAAAGCGGGAUUGACUCAUGGAAAGUUGGCUUCAUCACUGCUAUCGACACAGUCGUGGCAUUGCAUCAUCGGGGAGAGCUCGAGUUGGAGACCGUGAACGAGGCCUCAAAGGCGUGUUCCGAAUGCUGGAGCGUCGCAGGAACCUGGAGAGGGAUGGAUGCGUGCCGGAGUACGGUGAGGGAGGUUGCAUCGAAACUACGGCGCAUUUUAGACGAACCAAACCAUAGAACAUACAGAGGUGAGAAAGUCUACGCACCGGCCAGAUAG